AUGUCCUGCCUGGCGACCAACAAGACCGUCCAGCGCAAACUCGUCCUCCUGGGCGACGGCGCGUGUGGCAAAACAUCACUGCUUAACGUCUUCACGAGAGGGUACUUCCCUACCGUCUACGAGCCCACCGUCUUCGAGAACUACGUCCACGACAUCUUCGUCGACAACAUCCACAUCGAGCUGUCGCUCUGGGACACUGCAGGCCAGGAGGAGUUCGACAGGUUACGAAGCCUUUCAUAUGACGACAGCGACCUGAUCAUGCUGUGCUACAGCGUCGACAGCCCCGAGAGCUUAGAGAACGUCGAGAGCAAAUGGGUCGGCGAGAUAACAGAACACUGCCCUAGCGUCAAGGUCGUGCUGAUCGCUCUGAAAUGCGACCUGCGAGAGGCUCAGGACGAGGACGCGGCGGGCGGCGACAACCCACCAGCGAGCACAAAGCCCACGAUCGGGUACGAGCAGGGCCUGGAGGUCGCCAGGAGGAUAAAUGCGAUGCGAUACCUCGAGUGCUCGGCGAUGCGCAACCGCGGCGUCAACGAGGCCUUCACGGAGGCCGCCCGGGUGGCGAUGAGCGUCAAAAAGGAUAAGGAGGACAAGAAGUGCAUCGUUAUGUGA